AUGGACUACUCCUACCUCAAUUCGUACGACUCGUGCGUGGCGGCCAUGGAGGCGUCCGCCUACGGCGACUUCGGCGCCUGCAGCCAGCCCGGCGGCUUCCAAUACAGCCCCCUGCGACCCGCCUUCCCCGCGGCUGGUCCGCCCUGCCCCGCGCUCGGCUCCUCCAACUGCGCGCUCGGCGCUCUACGGGACCACCAGCCCGCGCCUUACUCGGCAGUGCCCUACAAGUUCUUCCCGGAGCCGUCGGGCCUGCACGAGAAGCGCAAGCAGCGGCGCAUCCGCACCACGUUCACCAGCGCGCAGCUCAAGGAGCUGGAGCGCGUCUUCGCAGAGACUCACUAUCCCGACAUUUACACGCGCGAGGAGCUGGCGCUCAAGAUCGACCUCACUGAGGCACGCGUGCAGGUCUGGUUCCAGAACCGCCGGGCCAAGUUCCGCAAACAGGAGCGUGCGGCCAGCGCCAAGGGUGCGGCGGGCGCGGCGGGCGCCAAAAAGGGCGAGGCGCGCUGUUCGUCCGAGGACGACGACUCCAAGGAGUCCACGUGCAGCCCCACGCCCGACAGCACCGCGUCGCUGCCGCCGCCGCCCGCCCCCGGCCUGGCCAGCCCGCGUCUGAGCCCCAGCCCGCUGCCUGCUGCCCUGGGCUCCGGGCCCGGCCCUGGCCCCGGGCCACAGCCGCUCAAGGGUCCAUUGUGGGCCGGCGUGGCGGGCGGCGGGGGCGGGGGGCCGGGCGCAGGCGCGGCGGAGCUGCUUAAGGCCUGGCAGCCUACGGAGCCCGGGCCCGGGCCCUUCUCCGGGGUUCUGUCCUCAUUCCACCGGAAGCCUGGCCCAGCCCUGAAGACCAAUCUCUUCUAG